AUGGCCUUUCAGCAACCAACUCGCCAGCCGGUGCAACGGACCACUCGCCCGCCUGCUCCGGAAGAUGAGGCCGUUGCAGCACUGCCGCCAGCUUCCGAGGGGCGUCCUGAGGAUUCACAAACAUGGGUGCUAUUCUCACCCCCUACUGAAGUCACAACUACAUCAUAUCUCACAGAAUCCGAACAUUCUCUCGAGACGCCUGGCCGGUCACGGCUGAGCGACUUGGGCAGCUUACACACUGUAGCGAGAUCCGAGGAACCAUCCAAUGCCAGGCAGUCGACAUCCGUUUUGUCAGCUAUCGAUGACCAUCAGUCCGUCGACGACGAUGCCGAGUUAGACAGCUUAGACAGCCAUCUUCCCGAAUUUCGUUCCGUGCCUGGUCUGAGUCCCAUUUCGCAGCGAGGCAGUCAGCAAGCUGCUCCCGUCUUCCCUGCUCAUGAUGGACUAGGCUCGUUCCGCCUCGAUCGACCCGUGUUUGGUACUGAUGCCCAGGAUCAGAUAUACCAAUUUGAGAAGUUCAAUCCCCGCAAAUUUCGUCGCAGGCUUGACAGCUUUGACCAUACCCAAGUUGAUCUGGACCAAGUUCAAACCCAGGAAGAAGAAAAGAGACAGCGAAUCGAGGCAUGGCGGCUAGAACAUAGUAGGGUUCUAUUAGAUGAAGUCCAGCGGGAGACUAGACGACGACGCAAGUCAUUGGUGUCGAUACAACGAUCACGGCGUACGUCAGAUGCGGAGACGGAUAAUAUGACAUGGCAUGAUGAGGACGCAUUUCAACCGGACACGGAACAAGAAGGGUUCAUGGCGCGUAUUACACGUACGGUUGUCAAGGAUAUCCUGGGUAUCGAUGACAACAUGCUGUCGAUUCUCUUGGGCGAGGAACUUCCUGAUGAAUAUGAAGAGUCACUGUCAACAACUCCUCGGGCGUCCCAGCACGGUAAUCGUCCGAUCUUGACCACGGCGGACGAGCCCUCGUGGCAGAUUCGGAUUUUGGAGAGACUGUCCAGGGAGCUUGGCCUUCUUGUGAACCACUUGUCACCGCAUCCUGGAGCAUUUUCGGCAUAUUCUCGAAUGCAGCACAUGUCUCUUCCGUAUGCUGGACUCCCGGUCAUUCCUGAAUCCAGCGAUGCCGGUGUGAUCAGCCCAAUGACCGAACCUGGCCAACCUAGUCAAGCUUCUCAACCUAAAUUCCAACCUACGAUGCAUCAACAUUCGCAACCCAUCGGAAUCCCUGGACGGAGACACAAGGUCGAAAGUUCCAGUAAUGACGUAGACAUGACCGACGGCGAUUUCACCAAAGAGGAGUGGGAGAAGAGUCUGGAUAUCAAGCUGGUGUUCCGUUACCUCGUUUCACGAUUUGCCUCUCGGUCGGGCAGCUCGUCACCUCCAGGCACCUCACAUCACGGCGUGUCAACUCAACAAGACACCGCAGCCAAGGUGGCCCGCGUCCGUCAACAUCAUCCUCUCAUCGCUCGAACGAGGCCGGUAGAGCGUCGGUCUUUCAAGGCUGUGGGACCAAGCAGCCCGGUUGCGUUGCGACACCACAGCAGCUGCGCCAGCCAGAGCACUAGACGGUCAGCGCGGAGAAGUAGCUGCUCGUCGAGGCAUUACUGGGACAUUGGCGGCUCGCUGGGCACGGGGUCAGUUAUCGCUUCCAAUGGACCGAUGGGGAGCUGGGGUGAAGUGUAG